CCAUCAAACGACUUCGCCCGUUGGUUAGAAGCCACCGAGACCAGGAGAGCGACGGUGAAAAAGUGAACAAAAGAAGUUGUCAUGAAGACAGAAGAAAAAAAAACACGACGAUCAAGUGUCGGGAAAAUUGUGUAACUGUGUGCAGCACAGCAUCAGUCCGGUAUAGUAGGAACAAGUGAUAAAAGAAUUGAAAAUAAAAACGAAGCAACAAAACGGUUCCAGAGCCGCGCGCGAGUCACGUCGCGCACCGUGGAAGCCACGGUUACGGCGCGGUAGCAGUGUAGAAGUCGGGAGAAAAGUGCGACGAGCAUCCAAAAACCCCGAACGAGAAACAUUUUAUUGCAUAAACAUACGAGCACCGGAAUGGACCGAAAAACGUAGAACCUCUGCGAUUCCAUUCCAGUUGCCCAUCAACGGUCCGAUCGAGAUAGUAGCCCGGAACGACAGAGAGCGUGUGUUUGUAUUGGUAAUGGUGUGGCAUUUUAGGUAAAUAGCCUGAAUCUAAAUCAAUGAAUCGUAGUAGACGGAGUGUUUUUUUCUUCUUCUCACACACUCGUGCUCUCCCGUUUGCUCGCGCGCUCUCGGUUCGCUGGCGGCGGUGAAAGAAAAGUUCUGACGUUGACGUUCGUAUCUUCAUGUAGGUCGUGAGGAAUUUUUGCACCUCCAGCCAGCAGCAGAAGCAACCUAGGAUCAAGCUAGCAGUUGUGCAGCAGACAAAAAAAGUUCAAAUAAUUGUGUGAAAAACAAGUGAAACUCUGAAAAAAGCAUAUGCUCUAAUGGUUCUGCAUUGUAUUUGAAUAUAUGUACAGCUUUUUUCACAAAAGGGGAAAAAGGAAGCAAUUAGAUUCAAAGCAACAGCAGCAGCAGCGCGGCAGUGGCGACGGGCAGUGUACCGAGAUUGAUAAUGGUGUAAUAAGAUUGCCAAAACGUCGCUAAUACAGCAGUAACUAAGCCAGUGCCAGCAGCUUAACGGGUUCAUUAUUUUUGGAACUCAGCUUUCGAGUGUUUUCGCGACCACAAACGGCUGAUAAGUAAAGUGCAUAAGAGCAAAGAUUCGCGUAUCACACACCCCUUCUCGAUCCCCCCAAAUGGGUCGAAAUCGAAGAAUGGAAAAUUUACGUCCAGUUGUGAAGUGUUGUGCCGCUUUCGUUUCGUUGUGUUGUGAACGAUAGUGAUAGUGAAAAAGGCAGGGGCAAAACGAAAAAAAAAAACAAAAAAUCUUAUCGCCUCAAAGUGUAAUAUGCAUGUAUCAACACAUUCAACAAGCACGAACUACAGUAACAACAACAACAGCAACAACGGUAACAAUCAGAGCAGCGUGCGAGGUGUGGAUUCAGUGAAUACUACUGCCCCCGGUCCUGUAUCGGCAUCCGCGAAUCCGGAAAGUCAGUACCACUACCGGCGACAGACAUUCAGCAAGACAACCUCAAGUGACGGUGAUGUUCAAGGUCACUAUCAACAUCAUCAGCAGCAGCAGCAACAACAACAGCAGCAGGACCAAAAGCAGCCCCAACAUCAUCAUCAUGGUGCAAUCGUAACUACAGAAUGUGAUACUGAAGCGGAGAUUCCGGCCUCUGUAAUCAGCAGUGUUGGCACGGUCAACUAUCAACAAUCGGCGGCCGCGGUCCGGCAGCUGUAUGUUGUGGCACCGGUCGGCUAUGCCGGCGACGCCAGCACCAACCUCACCGCAACGGUCAGCAACGAUGUGAAAGGUCAAACCUUCAGCAGUGCUAGCCAAUGUGCCAAUCAUCACCCUAGUGGCGGUAGUAGCAGCCAGCAACAGCAACGGCAGGAUACAACCCGUAGCAUCUUCGGCCUCAGCAACAGGAUGAUAUCACAAUCAUCGGCUGCUCAGAACUCAGUAGCGGCGGCGGCGGCAGCAGCAACUGCAGCUUCGGUAGCUGCGGCAGCAGCAGCAGCGGCCGCCGCAGCAUCAACAGCCAACACUAGCAAUGGAAGUACAAAUCAACCUCGCCAGCAUCCGAAGAAACGGAAGUUUGACCUGGCUGAGCUCGAGGAAAUGGAAUCCCACCGGGGAAGUGUAGGUAGUACAGGGCCACCGCCCACAGACACGGGCGGUGGCGGCACGCCGCUUAUAAACGGGAGCAAUACUAGCAACAGUACUGUAAAUAACAAUAAUAGUAGUAAUAGUAAUGUUAGCAUAAGCAAUGAGCAUUCAAGCAUGAGCGAGGCGAACACCUCGAAUCACGCGGAACUUCCAAACAGCAGGCCACCAUCGGCUUCAGCGUCACCCUCGCUGGCCAGCAGCAAUAGCAGCAACACCUUGGGUGCAAUAAUAACGGUCAGCUCGAUGGCAUCACAUCACCACGUGCCGAUGGACGAGGGCAGCAGCUGUAGUAGUCCCAACAGCAACAACGGUACUAUCAGUGGAGCGAGGUCACAUCCGCAACAUUAUGGUAUAACUGGUUUAGGGAGUAUGCAGCAGCAGCAACAACAGCAACAACAACAACAACAGCAGCAGCAGCAACAUAGGCAUCUUCUACUUUCGACGGAUUUAGGACGACCUCAACAGCAUCAUCAUCAGCAGCAACAACAACAACAACAGCAGCAGCAACAAGCACAGACAGUGCGGAUGCAGCAAACUGUGGAUGGUUAUUAUGCAAAUAAAAAAGUCUACACCAACGUUUCCUACGGCUCGCCCAUCAACAACUACAAGCCGGCAGCCACACCGCCAACAUCAAUGGCCCAACUGGUUCAACAUCAACAGCCGCAUGUGACAGCAACUGUGCCAUCAGUACAACAGCAGCUGCAGCAACAGCACACGAAUGCACUCCCGCCUAGUAAUACUGCCCCUUCGGAUGCGGGGUCGCAUCACAUCAGCAACAACACACCGCCGGUUGCGGGACUCGUCGCCACAGCCACUACCUCGAGCAGCACACAAUUGGCAUCGUCAUCCUCUACGUUGACUACCAACGCAGCAACGAGUGCCGCACCAUCGAGCUUGAUCGAUCUGAGCGACUGGUCCAACCAUUACCGGGUACUGGCUAAACGAAAAGACUUCUACGAAUCCGGCGUAAUACGGGCAAGCUCCUCGCCGAGUACGGUAAUAGUACAGUUCGAUUUCCCCGAAGGCAGUCAGCAAGUGUACGGUGAUGUUUUUGGCGCUGGUCGCUACGACAUCAUCGAUGAUGCCUGUCCUUCAGCGUCCGAUGUGGUACCCGGCUGUAGGGUCUGCGUGAGGGCGCAAACAGUGCCACCUCAUCCGGCUGGUAACGUGUUUGUGGAAGCCGUCGUAAAAGAGAUGCAGAACAAUACGAAACAGUUUUCGGUACAGUUGAUAGGGCCGGCAAGUAAUGCUCAAGAGAUUAAACUGGUGAAACGAGUUGACAUUCGAUUACUAAAACCGCCAUGGUGGGAUGAGUUAGAAGAAAUGGUGGAAGCAGUGGAGGGCGCUCGGGGUCGGUCCCAACAGAUUCCAGUGAGUAAGGCUGCACCAACCAGCUAUCAUAAUUCAGAUGGAGUCGGACCGAAUGCAUCAUCGGCUCCAACGAAUGCCAUCAUGUACAGUCAGAAUAGUAUACCAGGGAGCAUCGGAGGAAAUGUACAGUAUAAAACCAUCAGCAUAACACAAGGUCGCGGAGUAGCCGCGACGUCAGCUGCUGCAUCCCGUUAUGAAUCGGGACAACAACAACAGCAACAGCAGCAACAGUCACACGUGCCAUUACAAGUAUAUCAAAUUCUUCCGACGUUACAUGCGAACGAGGAACACUAUCGAACGGCUGCCACCUCACCUUUGCAAACCACUCAACUUACAACUGGUGGCAAUACGGAAGGUCCACCAACAACGCUGAUAACCAGCAAUCACUACCAAACGCAUCAUUUAGCCCAGCAACAGCAACAGCAGCACGGCAGCAACGAACUGAUGGCGCCCGGUACCUCCAACUCAGUAUUAACAUCUGGUGGCAGUCCAGACGACUUGCGUAGCACAAAUCGAACGUACUAUGACUACGAAAGUGAUGACGAACUGCGGAGAGAGGAUAUAAGUUUUCCGAUGGAUGGAGAAAACGAAAAAUACUCAGGAAGCAGCAAGCGCAGCAGCAUGCAAAGUCGUGGCAGUACGUCCAGUUUACUAGAUCAGCGCAGCACUCCUAGAUCUCAACCAGCAACUCCAAGAUCUCAAGCGGCAACACCCCAUCGCUUCAAGAAGGGCGAUGUCGUGUCCACACCGAGCGGUAUACGGAAAAAGUUCAAUGGCAAACAGUGGCGGCGGUUGUGUUCGAACGAUACCUGCUCGAAAGAAUCUCAAAGGCGAGGCUACUGCUCGCGACAUCUCAGCCAGAAGGGCAAUGCGCUCCGGGCAUCCACCAGCUCGACUGCGAACCAUUUCAAUAGCAGUAGUCGCUCCAGUAGCAAAACACAGCUGGACGAGGAUACCUCUCGUGAUUCCGAAACGUCACCAAACUAUCGGGUAGCUGGGCGAUUCGACCAGGAGGAAACGGACGUGGCUAACAUGCUUGUGUCCUUGAGCAGUUCCCGAUCGGCCACACCGUGCAAUUCAUUCUCAUCACCGACGGGACACGCUUCAUCACCAUUGGCUAGCACAACUCAGUCCCCGGUGACGAUCGGUAACCGGCAAAAUGUGUUCAUGCCCAUUGGCAGUCCGGCACCGUCCUCCUCGGACCAUCAUAGUAAGUUUAAGACUAACACUCCCAGUCCGAUCAUGUACGGAGGAGGACACGGUCUGAAUCCCACCGGUACUCUUGGUGGUCCCGGUGGACUGGGUGUUCAGCAACAACCUCCGCUGAUACGACCCGAGCUGCUCCGACCAGCACAACCUCCGCUCCAACAGCAACAACAACAACCACAACAGCAGCCGAUCGUUUCACUUCCCCCAACCGGCCAUGCUACCAGUGUUAUUCGAAUAUCUCCAGCAUCGUCCCAUACCACACAACACACGGGGCUGUACUCAUCCUUUCCCAGUCAACAGCAGGUAAUUGUGGACCCGGGACAGCUCGGUUCGCAACAACAGCAGCAUUUACAAUCUCGAUUGCAAACCACGGCUGGCGGUCAACUCAUUCAACCUCAGCAAACGAUCCAAAUUCAGCAAACGAUCGUCCAGCAACCACAUCCUGCGGCGAUAAUACAGCAGCAGCAGCAGCAACAACAACCAGUGACCGUGCCAAAAAACGGCAUUAGCACGGGUUCCAUCUUUCAAUGGCAUACAUUACUUCCGAUAAUCCAAGCUCCGGCCUCGAAAACGUUCGUCCACCACCACCACCAUCAGCCGCAGUCGGGCUAUUCCCCGGCUCAGCAGCACCAGCAGUCUGGCGUUCCGCCGACGGCUACGAUGAUUGCAUCGCCGACGGUCAAGAUCUGUACUCCACCACCGUCGGAACCAGCCAUCGACGAUGAUUGCGACGACGACCAGGGAGAUGAUGAUGUUUUUGAAGCAGAGCCCGUGAAAACCAAUUACAACAAUAACAAUAGCAGCAACAAUCAAAUGGCCGGAAGAGACAAUUUUCAAAACACUGGUGGGAACCAGCUGCUCCGUGGGAUGGACAUCGAAGCCAAUUCGGGUCCGUUCACGAAUCAGAAUCUAGCAUGUGCCCCUCAGGGUACCGGUGGAGCAAACAGCAAAGCGGACAACGACUCGCUAGUCAAAAGACGCACACAGUCCUGCAGUGCAGCGCUGCAGGCAGCCAAUAAUAGCGCUGGAGGACCGACAGCGAAGGAACCCAAGAGUCCCCUAAACAAAAAGGAUGCAAAAAUACGUCGUCCGAUGAACGCUUUCAUGAUUUUUUCCAGAAAACAUCGCACUUUAGUGCACCAAAAACACCCCAAUCAGGACAAUCGUACUGUGAGUAAAAUUCUCGGCGAAUGGUGGUACGCCUUGAAACCGGAAGAGAAAACAAAAUAUCACGAGCUAGCAAGUGAAGUGAAGGAAGCACAUUUCAAAGCUCACCCCCAGUGGAAGUGGUGCUCGAAGGACCGCCGCAAAUCAUCCUCCUCCACGAAAGAUGGACGCGGCAGGAUUGACUCUUUCGAUGGAAACGGUUCGUUUGACGAGAAAAGUCCAACGACUCCGUCGGAACUUGGCGGACAAGGCCCAUCGGCUUCUCAGCUGAGCGACAUAAUUCCGACCACGAUUGCUCCGUACAACAGUAGCAGCAGCCAUGGUGAAGAUGCAAACGACAGUAGUCGAACGCUCGGGGCGGACAGCAGUGGGGCGGAAAAGAUGGAGCAGGACGAUGGAACCAUGUCCGAUGAUGACCAGCAGAUGGUGAUUGCUGAGGAUUCCGCACUGCAGCCGAUUGCCGAAACGGUCGAAAUUGAUCUCAAGUGCGCGGAGAAGGUGAGCGAUUUCGAUGUGGAUGACGGUGGAUGUGGUGUCGAAGGAGAGGAUUACAGUGGAAGAAUUAAGGUUUCAGAAUCAUUGGUUUCAACCGGUUCCGCUUCCCAUGCGAACGAUGUCAACCAGACAGUACCAACGGAUUACUCCAAAACGGCGACUGCACCGAUUCCGGCUGGCUGUGGUAAUAGUAGUAGUAGUAGCUCGGCACCCACAACUCCAUCAGAUCCGUUGAAAUGCAAACCAAAGCCGAUAAAAGUGGCACUACUGCCCCCGCCUGUCUCUCACCAAACGGGCAUAGGCGCAGGAGGCACUCAUAUGGAAUCGAACGCAAGUUGUCCGCCCAAUAUGUUACACCAUGGUUUUCAUCAUCAACCGCUCAGUUACUCAUACGGUAGCCCGAAGAAUCCGGUCGGUGUGUCGCCGUUUCAGCCCACUGGUGGUGCAUUCAAGACAAUGCCACAGAGUCCGAAGACAAUUGCUAAGCAACAGGACCAGUACCAGGCGGUCACUACGCCAACCACCAUCAAAACAGAGCCGACAGACAUUCAGUGCAAUAAUAAUAAUAAUAACAACAUGAACAAAGUUUCGGCAAAUGGUGACAUUUUUAGCUUUUCGACCGCCUCAAUUAAAGAGCUCCAACAACAGCAACAACAGAUGGUCUCAUCGGAGAAUAAAUGUAAAUCAAUCAGUUUGAAUCCCAUUUGCUAUACUAUCAGCUCGAAUGUAAAUGGUAACACUACUAACAACAACGCUACCAAUAACAGUACUAGCAGUGCUAAUGCUAACAAUAGCAGUAACACUAUACUGAUGAGCAUGAAACAAGGUAAAAUACUAAUGGAUGUUAUCACCACCACUACUAAUCGUACUACUAAUAAUAAUAUAAAUGAUCUCGCUCACCAUCCUCCAACAACUACUCAUCUAGAUGUUAACCAUCAUUCAACUCAUGAGCUUUCAUCAUCCAAAACACUCUGCAUCCAAACUAAUAAUGUCGAUAAUGAAAAUGCUACUGCUACUACUACAUGUGCUACUACUACUUCUACUACUACCACUGCUAAGUUUCCCACUAGUGCUACUACCAGUGUUGUUCAUGUUGUAAAUAACGAUAGCAAUAAUAAUAAUAAUAAUAAUAGUACCAGUAAUGCAAUUGUUCAUCAUGCAAACACCACUACCACCACCACAGUCAAUAAUAAGCCAUUGAAUGUUGUAAAUGUUGUAACUGUAACAGCUAGUCCAGCCAACAAUGGACUGACCAGUACUAGUGUUAGCAACACCGGCAGCAGCAGCGGUGGUAGCAUGGUCUUCUUCAGUCCUAACAGUGCAAUACUGAGGUCAACCAUUGGCCAGACUCAAUCGCAGUUUCAACAGCAGCAGCUGCAGCAGCAAUCUAAGUCACUGAUAGGAAAAAUUAAGCUCGAAAAAGAUGACGGAUCUCCGACCGUACUGUACGAAACAAUUCUUAUUGAAAGGCGUGAACCGCGAUCGGCCAUGAUUGCUACUCCAAUCGCUACCGCCAAUGCAACACCGCAAUCAACUGGGACUGGCAUACUCGUCCUAACGCCAGCUUCUCUCAAUGAACUACUUCAAAGCAGCAAUUCCGGUAUCCGGGAUGGCGGUAAUUGCAAGGACCAAAUGCAACCUCCCAUGGCAAAGAAGCUUUUGCUCGCCACCAGCAACGGAACUGUUCAGGGAAUCACGUCAACUGCGCCAACCACCUCUCUAAUCAAUAAUUUGUGUACCAACCUCCUAACCACUACAACAAAUUCUUCUACUACUACUACUAACUCUAAUAACACAACUAACAGUAAAAACCACAACAACAACAACCUCAACCAUAUCAAGCAAUCAAUUAUAAUGCUAAAUCCAACAAAUUCAACAGUUGUGCCAUCGCCAUCGGCAUUAGGACUCCAACACCAGCAGCAGCAGCAACAUCAUCAGCAACAGUUUUCUUCCACUACUGGUGCUGGAGGAGGAACACCGGGUGAAAAUGGCGGAACAGCUGCUAUUCUGACACCGAACCAACUGUUGGCCGCCGCUGCCGGUCGGCAAAAGUUUAUGCUGGCGGUGAAUGCGAACAAUUCACAGUUCGCAUUCGUUCUACCCGAUAGCCAGCAAUACGCGCUUAACGACCGCUCAAAACUCUACGCCAAUGUUCCCAUCACGUCAUCCACCUCUUCUUCAUUCGUUGUUUCCUCUUCAAUGCCUUCUUAUACCUCUUCCUCUGCUUCCCUGACCACUUCCACCGUGCCAGGAUUAUCCGCUUCAACCGCUUACGCACUAACCACACCCUCGAUGGUGCAGGGCCAGCAGCCGAAGCCAGCCAUAUCGUCAAGUACAACCGCAACACUCCAGCCAGUACAAUAUUUGAUACCGGGAAAGAUACCGAAUCUUUUGAUCUCUGCCGCUACACAGGGCUACCAACAGCAGCAGCAGCAACAGCAACCACCUCAGCUGAUGACCAUCAAACAGGAACCGCCAGAGUCGCCUGGUGGUCGAAAUUUACCCGCAACGCCAAAUUCCUGCUCGUCUAGCACACAGCUGCAAUCGGCGGAUAUGAGCGAACAACAGAUACCAGUUCCUGCUGGAACACCAGAUGAAGCUGAUGAGGACUUUGAAGCACCCGAGAGCAAAAAGUUCAUCCUAGCGCCAACUCCAGCACAGCUUGGACGAGCUCCGCUACAACGGCGUCAAAUGAGCACCAGUAGCAGCAGUAACAGCGGUUCGAACAAUUCAACUGGUGGUCUGCCACCUAACGUCGGCGGUAAUCGAGACGAUUGCAACAAUGGACCGUCAUCGCUAAUGCCAUCCGCACUGCCAACACCCACGUCAGCUUCGAUUGACGAAUUUCAGAGUCCACAGAUUUCGCCAACUACCAAAACGAAGAAUUUCUUCAAGAAGGUCAAACCGGAUGAUAUGGAUAAUGUGCUAAGGCAGGUGGAUUUUGAGAAGAAAUUUAAAACACUUCCCCAGUUCAAACCAGAGGACUGCCAGUCGCCCAGUGCAAUCUCAGUGCCAUCGUCUCCCCGAGUGUUCACUCAAAACUACCGUAAGAAACAGUCUCAGCAACAACAGCAACAACAACUUAAAACACUGAUUUCUGCCUUUCUAGCUUUGGAAGACGAACACCACCAGCAGCCGCCUCAGCAGCAGCAGCAGCAACAACAGCAACAGCAGUUGCAGCAUCAUCCACCACAUCCGCCACCGCCCCUCACGUCGGAUAGCAGUGCACCACUAUCCUCCACGGCAACGCCAUCCAGCUCCUACAUCAAGGGUAAUCGAUUCUUCGGACCGGACUUCAACAUGGAACAGUACAAAGGUUUCUUUUCUGUCGUAGACAUGUCCGCCGAUAAUGCAGACCGCUCGCCUCGGACACCGAAAACGCCAUCGACUCGGUCGGUUAAUUCUGCCGAGGAGAAGGGUCAUCGAAAAAUUCUCGAGCAACGACGUAAUCUGGUGCUGCAACUGUUCAAGGAACAUGGCAUGUUCCCAUCAUCUCAGGCGACCAACAACUUUCAGCUGGCCCACAGCGACAUCUUCACAAACAAGCAAAACUUGCAGUUAAAGAUCCGCGAAGUCCGACAGAAGGUCAUGGGCCAACAGUCUAGCUUUACGCCGCAUUCGGCCGGGCCGAUGACGCCGACCGAUCUCGGUGCUGGCACGCCAUCCGAUCAAUCUCAGCAAUUACUUCAGCAGCAGCAACAACAACAGCAUCAGCAGCAACAACAUCAUCAUCAUCAACAACAGCAGCAGGAAUAACCAGACCAUGCUUAUCAACAUGUCAUUACAUUUUACAAAAGCAGUUCGAAAACCGUCAAAACUUGGAAACAUUAGUUUUUUGCAGAUUGUACACUAACACGACUUGCGUACACGCAUCGACUACAAUAGAUUAUUCUAUCAAAACUACUACACACGCACUAUUCAAUAGCCUAAAUGAUAAAAUCAUAAUUUAAAAAAAAAUAGCGUAUCACAAACCUAUACUUUCACAUAACCUUAAAAAUUAAGCCAAAAACACAAUAAACAUCAAUAGCCCUUUCAACUUAAACAAACAAAACAAUACGUAAACAUCAUCAUCAUCACCAAACACCGCUUUGCGCAAAACUCACCAAACAAACCCGAACUGCGACCGCCAAACAGAGUGCCGUUCUGUGCGAAAGAGGCCGAGUUAGCGCCCUCCCCCCUGUGCCGUGUCAUCCUCGAAGCGUCCUCAUCUCAAAAACCAAACUUUGUCUCUCUGACUCUAUGCUAUCGACCUAUAAUACCUGCCCCGGAGCGCAAUAGCGUAAAUCGAAAUGGGAGUAGAAACCAGUCUCUUAAAUUAAAAAUUUUUAGAGGUUAAAUAAGCGUCACGUGAAAUAAAAUUUAUUAGGAUCCAUUCCGCGACCACGCGAAAUGGUAUCUAGUGAUCUUAGUUGGUAAGUUUCCGCAGAAGGAAAAAAUAAAUAAUAUAGCGAACACAAGAGUGUUUUAGGUAAGAAGAUGAUAUAAUAUUAAAACAAAUUGUAAAUAUUAUUGCAAAGUUAUCUUUGGAAGAGAUAGAAAUAACAGUAGUAGAAAGUACAAGAAUUUAUAAACAAAUUUUACUGUGCGGUUGUAGUAAUGUCAAAACCAAACGUUACAUUACGCAUGACUAGAACACACAAACAUGAACAUUAUCAAGUGUCGUCCCACAUUUCACAACAGCAUCAUUAUUAGUUUUUAUACGAGGAAAGCUGCUUAACCCCAAGCUAGCUCUCAUCAAACGUAAAGCUUGUCCCUGGUUCGAUGUCUACUAAACUCAUUCUCUCUACUUCCCCGGCCCUCCUCAUACCUGAGACAACCAUUUCCAACAUCCAUCGACCGUCGUGCAAAACACAUUUUAUCCAGCAACCGAUAACGCGCGGAGUAUCUCUUUUAAAAACGAAAACCUUCGAUCAUUCCCCAACAACAUUUCAACCAUUGAGGAAUAAUGUAUAAAUAGCCAGAGAAAACUACUUUCAUAGCACAUUUUAGAGGAUCUACAGGCGAAUCACAUCCCAAAUCACGAAGAAAGUGUAGUCGGCAGUAAAAGUCCCAGAACUUAUCCCCGUAGCAUUACGAUUUAUCUAGCAUCGUUUCUCUAACGAAGCGGCUGGAAUGAGAAAAAUUAAAAA